UCGUACCCUUCACGUGUGUUUGAGAGUUAUUGUCGUUUGCUAACUGCGAAUAUGUCUGGUCGUGGAAAAGGUGGAAAAACUAAGGGAAAGGCGAAGUCCCGAUCCAGUCGUGCCGGACUCCAAUUUCCGGUUGGCCGUAUUCACAGACUUCUGCGAAAAGGAAAUUAUGCUGAACGCGUAGGAGCCGGUGCUCCAGUUUAUCUGGCUGCCGUUAUGGAAUAUCUCGCUGCGGAAGUAUUGGAGUUGGCAGGAAAUGCUGCGCGUGAUAACAAGAAAACUAGGAUUAUUCCUAGGCAUUUGCAGCUGGCCAUCCGUAACGACGAGGAACUGAACAAAUUAUUGUCUGGCGUAACCAUUGCCCAAGGCGGCGUACUGCCGAACAUCCAAGCAGUCUUGCUGCCAAAGAAAACUGAGAAAAAAGCUUAAUUACCAUCUGAUACAAACGGCCCUUUUCA